AUGCAAUCGUAUACUAAUCGAGUGUGUGCUGUUUGUGGAGAUACUCCUGCUAAGAUUCAUUACGGAGUUCUUGCGUGUUUUGGCUGUAAGGGAUUCUUUCGUCGAGCAGUUAAAGACGGUCGGAACAAAUAUGUUUGUCGAUUUGAGAAGAAUUGUGAAGUCACUAAAUUUGAAAGGAAUGCGUGUCGAUAUUGUCGGUUCCGGAAGUGUCUUCUGGUUGGAAUGAAUCCCGAUUACGUUCGACCUGACAGAGAAAAGAGUAAAAAAGGAAAAACGUUGUUAUCAAAGAAGAAAAGUCUCUCUAGAAGUAUGUCAAAUCGGAUGGCCAUUGAUCCUUCUGAUUGGACAUCUCUCCUAUCUCCAUCUUCACGAAAGCAGCUAACUGAAAUCACAAAACUUUCUGAGAUAUGUACGACUUCUACUAAUUUCGACGGAAUCGGAAAUUUCUCACUGAAAAGUUUGAUUGCUGAUCGGUCACUUGCCAGAAAAACGGGAGAUUCUGAAGCGAUGGAUUGUUCAACCUCACCGAGACAAUCUAGUGAUCAGUUCAUUUCUAUUGAGAGGAUCGUACAAAAUGUGGAUUUUAUUGAUCGGUUUUUGAAUAUGUUGGAAGAUGAACACUGCAGAAAAUUCAGUGUAGAAGACAAGAGUGCCCUCAUCAGUGAUACCUUGAUUCAUCUUUUAUUUUUUGAGUCUAUUUCUAGAUUUGUAGUUAAAGGAACACCAGGAUUGGAGGAUCUGAAAACCUCUCUUCUUCAAUUACCUUUAUGCACAUCUCACUUGACUCAAAAACUGUCAGAUGUUUUUGAGAUUUUUCUCCGGAAACCCCCUUCCAUAAUUGAGUAUUCCGUGCUGAAAGCAUACAUUGUCACAACAGCAGAAAGCACAAUGAUCUCGAAUUCUCUAAACGAAAGUUUAACAUUGGCGCGAGAGAAUCUGUCAGAAUUGUUAUUCAAAGUGAUAAAGCACAGCAGAAACAAAACAUCAAUUUCAUCUGCCAACAGUUUAUCAGCAAUUCUCCACUUUAUUUUUGAGUCAAAAAAUCUGUCAACUAGUCUUCGUCAGUCUCAACAACCAUUCUACACUCGAGAUUCUGAUUUGAAGAUUCCGUUUCAUAAAAUCCUUACGGAUAUUAUCAAUCCAGAAGUUUCUGAUCUUCUGAUGACAACUGCUGCUUGUCGAAAACAAUCAAAUCAACAAAUGGGACCACCACUAUCAUCAGUUCCUCCAGUACAACCACUUGAAACUGUUUCAUUAUUUCACUUUUCUCCUCCUUCAUUAUCACCUCAUCCUGUUGCUCCUCCUCCUCAACCACAACCAUUAUAUCCAGAAUAUUCAAUGCAAUCUACCUCUUCUUAUCCAACAACGUCAAGUCCUUUCCAAUCUCCAUAUCGUCCAAAUUCUCUUGCAUCCUUCCCAAAAUUACCUCUCCAAAUGACGAAAUCUAUUGAAGACUAUCUGAGGCCAACUGGGAUGACAGCUGACGACAUGAAUCGACCGCUGGAGAAGAACUGGGCAGAUGGAUUAAGAUUGACUCCAAUGUUCAACAAGGAAAUUGUUUCACAGUUUUUCCCUGAAUUAUCUCAUACAAAUCAUCAUCACCAACCAUUUUGA